AUUAUAUUUCUGAUAAUGAUAUUUUUAUUGGUGUCUAUAAUAAAGAAAGUAGUAGUGAUAAAGAAGAAGAUAAUUUACAAGAAAUUAAUAAUGAUGAAGAAUAUAUUGUUCUUAAUACAGUUAAUGCAAAUAAUACUAAAUGGAUUUCAGUUUAUUAUUCAUUUAAAUGUUUUAUUAUACUAAAAUCUGUUAUUAUUAUGCUUAAAGAAACUUUACUUCAAGAUAUAAAUACUAGAUUUAAACAAGAAGAAGAAUUAUUAGAAGAUCUAAUUUCAACUAUUUAUAAAUAG